AUGAGGGGCAUUGCGCUGAACGGCCAGAGGGCUUCGAAGCCCGACACACUUAUCUGCCAAUUAUGCCAGAUAUCCGCCGCACCGGCUCUCCGUUAUCGCCCUCAACCCACCCGGUCGUAUGCAUCGGCAAGCAAGGCCACCCGCAGGCUUCAACGCGGGCAAUGUCUACCGAUGGAAGCGCUGAAGACUCCCCUGACGCCAUUUCUACCUCUGCGAAGAUACAAGUCGACCGAGUCCAAACCCGCCACUUUGUCUGAUCUCAAAGCAGUACUGCGUGUGAUCGAACGCAGCUCUAAAGAACUUCGCGAUUCGCAAACCGUGCCUGCGAACGAUGCAGUUAUCCAGCUACUGAAGAAGUGCCUCGCUGUCGCCGAAGAGAUUGCGCAGCCAAACCAUUCUUCGAAGGAGAAUGACAAUGAGAUCUCGUCCCUCCUCAACCUCGAGGAACAGAACACAAAAAAGGCAUCGAAACCAGCCCCAAAUGUCGAGAUAUCCCAGCCCUCAGCGGACGCACUCUGCCGCAUCGUCCACGAACUUUUAACAGACGAGAAACUUUUCAUCUCACCAGAAGCUCUGUCCUUCUACGUCAAAAUCCACACCCUACUGAAGAGACCCGAGCACUUCCCUGAAAUCUUUCACCUCUACGCAAACAAGCCAAUUCCCGAGGAAAACAGCUCACCGAUCAAGUACCUCAAACCCAACCCGAAAAGCAUCAACAGCGCCAUCCCUGUCGACCUAGCCAACAUGGCUCUUGAUAUCGCAAUUGAGCAACGGAAUCUCGGCCUCGUCCUUGCAAUCGUCGAUAACACUUUCUGUACCUCCGCAUUCCGCCGAGCCAAGUUCUUCCGAAAGGCUGCCGCACCGCUUGGUGUGCUCGCAACGACGCCCCUGGGGUGCUAUGUCGCUGCAACUUGGGCUGCCAGUUUCCAAAACACGAUGGACCCGAGCACGGCCACAGCGAUUGCUUUCGCUGCCACGCUUGCCUACGUGGGUGGGACAUCGUCCAUCGGAGUACUGGCUAUUAUGACGGCGAAUGAUCAGAUGGAGCGGGUUGUCUGGCUUCCCGGGGUUCCGUUACGGGAACGCUGGCUGCGGGAAGAAGAGCGGGCUGCUCUGGAUAGAGUUGCACUCGCCUGGGGAUUUAAGGAUAUCUAUAUGCGGGGAGAGGAAGAGGGAGAGGAGUGGGAGAGCCUAAGGGAAUUCAUCGGCAUGAGGGGGAUGAUUCUGGAUAAGACGGAUUUGAUGCACGGGAUGCAAUAA